AUGGAGCCCUCGAGCUCGCGCGAGCCACCAUGGGCAGAGCAUGAAAAGGUAUAUUUACUUGCUGAAGUACUAAAAGCGGCCCCCAUACCAUCUCACGUUCUCUUUCAAUUUAUACGCGACGCCAACAUCCAACCACGAUGGAACGACAUGGCUUUACCUCCAGGCCGAUCGGUUCGCUCUAGCCAGAUGGCAUUUGACAGUCUCGCAACCAAUUUCGUCACGCCUGGACAAGAUUACCGACGCCCUCAGCUACCUGCCCCAAUGGUAUAUCCUGCGCCCGACCUCUCGAGAAAACGACCCCAUCAGCAAGAAGCCUCCACGCCCAUUGGCCGCCUACUACAACCUCGACCCCCCCAUUCCUACCCUGGAGAUUUUAUGCCUGCCGGCCCUGCCUACACAUCUACUAUAAAUCCAUCUGGCGAACCAGCGAACAAGAAGAAACGCGGAAGACCUACGAAAGCGGAGGCGCAACAAAGAGCGCAAGAGGCUGCUGCGCGGGGCGAGGUGUACCCACCACCUAGGAGGGGGAGACAAUCCAUCACCGCACCACCUGAACCGUCACCACUCGGACCGGAUCCUCGACCGCACGAUCGAACACCUCCGCCAUCAGCGCCUUCCCAAUUGGCUCCCGCGAUGACACCACAGCAACAAAUCGGGGUAGAACACGGGUCAGAGUCCUCAUCAGGAAAGAGAAGACGAACAAGACCAACACCAUUGGAAUUAGAGAAGCAUCGCGCAACCAGCGAAAUGGAAUCUCCCCUGCAAUAUGGGUCUGGCGACCCGAAUCGCAGCCAAGCGUACUCAACAUACACGCCCAUCUCUGCGCCCUUGCCAACUUCAUCAGAAUCCAGGGACAGAGAUGUGCGCAUGGAAGGGGUCGAAGAGACUCAACCACGAACCACGACACCUCACUCGUUUAAAGACACGGUCGGCAUAUGA